AUGCUAAACAAAGUUCUUAAGUUGUCUUAUUAAACUGCCAUUAGAAAUUUAAGAGUAUUCAGCUCAAUUAAUAAACCAGAAGCUGAUUACACUGUGAAUCUUGGAGGAGAACUAGAUGAUGAAUCAUUAUAUUUCAGAAGAUUGUAAGAACUUUAAAAUCUUCGAAACACAGAAACUGUGCCUCACAAAGAUUUAGGUGUUGAUAAAAAAGAGCUUGAAAAAUUAAAGCCUGACUAAUUAGUCGAUACAAUAGAAGAAAAAGAAUUGGCAAGAGAUGUAAUGACAUCUAAAAAUAUGAAGGAAGAUGUUGAUAGAAUGGGCAAUGAGGGUGGCGCCUAAGAUCAAGGAAGUGUUAAAUUGAAAGAAAAAUAAAAUCAGGAUUCCGUGGAUUAAAAGUCUAAUUUGUAAGGAAAAAAAGCAGACAUUGAAUAAAUGAGAGCUAUUGGCGUAGAUAAAGAAGGAGUGGAGAUAGACACUAACUAUGACAAGUAUAAUUUGAAUAAGGGAGCUAUCGAUUAUGAAGAGUCAAAUAAGGUGGUCAAAACAACUGAUACUUCAUUUAACAGUCCCAAAUUAGUGAUUCAAAGUAAUUAUAGAGUUGGUUAUGAAAAUAUGACUGGUAGAUCUUUUGAUCCAUUAGUUUAAGGUGAUCCAGGAGAGAAAAUAGAUUUACAAGCAGAAGCCAAAGAAAGAAUCAAGAAUGAUUUAGUAGAUAGAAAUGCUAAAGGUCCAGAUGCAACGAAACCAAUCUAGUAAACAAUAAAGUAUGGAUUAUUUGAUUCAAAUCCAAGAACAAGUUGA